AAAAAAGUGGGAGAGGAAAAGAGAGAGAAUGAAAAACAGCAUCUGAAAAGGCAAUGUGUUUUGACCAGUGAGCUGCUGAAACACACACAAGAACAUUUGUUUUCUUCUCAUAUUCAGGUCCAUUAAUCUGCUUUGUAAGCCGAGUUUUACUGAUCAAUUUGUGGCAGCAUUAUGGUCUCGAGCAUUUUGUGGAUCUUGGCUCGGAUGCUGGCAUUUAUGUGCCUCCUGAUGCCAGGUUCUGGGUAUCUGGUGUUGCGUGAAGGAACGAAAUGUGGAGCCUGGAUUGAGGGUGCAUGUGAGUCUGGUCUUGUCUGUCUGCCUAACAAAGAAACAAUCAGUGAGUUCUUUGCUGAAGGAGUGUGCGGCAGGCCUCCAUCUUGUAACUGCUCCGAGUUCCAGUGUCCUCCACAUCGUCGUUAUGGCUGUCGCACCAUGACAAUUAAUGAUCCGUGUGGAUGUUGUUCCCAGUGUGGCAAGCCAAAGGGGCAGGUGUGUGGUGGGCCGAGCUGGAGAUAUGGGAACUGUGAACGGGGAUUGAUUUGUGCCCUUACUGUGGGACUUCAGACAGUCACUGCUCCACUUUUGGGCGUGUGCAAAGAGGUGCCAAGACAUCUGCAAGAUCACUUCCCUGAGCCUCCAUGUCCUGUUCAAUAUGGUUGCAACGUCCAUGUUGGAGCUUGUGACUGUUAUUCAGACCACUCCUGUGCGCUGUCAUUCUCGUAUCGCACCUUCGAUGCCUGCAACAAAAUUCUCGAGGCGGACAGGUUGUAUUUCUCUUACAACAGUGAGAGCGACAUAAACCCUCCUGAACCAGAGAUACCUGUGUGUAUGGAUUGGAGCUGUGAAGUUCAGGGCUGCAAGUGUGUGUGUCAACAGAGACCGUGUAACACCAGGGCACCUCCACUCUAUGAGGAAGCCUGCUGCAAAAUUCUGAGGGAAUCUGGAUGCCAAAAUGCAUCCUGUCCUGAGAUCCCCCCUCCGCCUUGUCCAGCAGACUCCUUCCUUAGUGAGCCUUACACUGAACCUGGUCAGUGCUGCCCUGCUUUGCAUGCUAUGUGCACCUGCAACUUCCAGACCUGCGCUCCAAAACCCAAAUACUGCCCCAAAGGUGGAUAUCCCAAACUUGUUGCAAAGGGCAAUGGCCACCCGGGGACCUGCUGCGACCGUUAUGAGUGUGUGGAAGAAUAUUAAUUAGGACACAUACAUACAUCCUUAAUCUCUUUUGUUUCAAACCCUUAACCUCUUUUUCUUUUUCUCCCUCAAACAUCUGACUUGCACUUAGAAUUAAAUUCGAUUGAAUUGAACAGCUUUGUAUUUGUCUAAAACAAAACUCAUUUAAGUAAGCAUGGACAAAAAUUGUACUUGAUAAAAUUGUAUAAAUUGAUUAAAUUCAGGAGGUUGUUACGUCACACAGCUCAGAUGAAAACAAUGGAAAUGUGCCCCGGAUUGUCCAAGACCGGGACAGAAACAACUCUCUGGUUCUCCCUUUAACUGAGCUCAUUUACUUAAUUAUUGUGAAAGAAUUAAUUCAAUCAUUCAGUCAAUAAAUCUUCAAUGAUUAUUUUAGGGGACAAAUGUCUUAUUGCAGCAUGUGUACUCUCACCUUUGCAUUUAUGCUUUACAAAACUCAAAUCACUUAUUCCAAUGUAUUAUAUACAAUUCAAAAAAAAAAAAGUAAAAUGCAUUGCCUCAAA